CCACCAUGCGUAGGCGCCUUUACCGUGCGCAGUCAGUUACUCCGCGAUAUUACUAAGAACUUCACUGCUUUACGUAAAAAAAUAUGUGUAAGAAACUAUCUGUGAUAUUAUUUUAAGUGUAAAAUCGUGCAUUUAACUUAAUGGAUAUUUCAACAUGACGACAUACAGAAUAUUUACUUACAGUAUUAUAUUUAUCUUAAGUACCCCGAGCCUAGUACGAUGUGUAACAGUAUUAGGACCACGCGUACUGCGACCACACACAUCCUACAAAGUAUCAAUCGCUGGUGGAUCACGCGCACAUAAUCUAUAUGUUGCUGUGGAGGGAAAGAAGUCCACGGGAGAGCCGUUUAGCCAGGGUCGUGAGAUCCAGAUUUCUGCAGCUACCUCUAAGCUAAUUAAUUUAGAGAUUAAUGACCCAGGUCCGGGUCACUAUAAAUUAGUAGCGCGAUCCACAUCGGGACCACAAUUCUCAUCAUCAGCCGCCUUGACGUACCAAGCACGCAGUUUCUGUAUUUUCGUGCAAACAGACAAACGGGUGUAUCAGCCAGGGGAAACACUUGACUUUAGGGUCAUUGCUUUAAACAAGUACCUGCUACCUUUGUCAAAUAAUGUCGAUGUCAGUAUAUUGGACACGGGCGGUUCACCCGUCAGACAAUGGGCUGGAGUAUCCUUGGAUAGAGGUGUAUUUAGUGGAGAGUUCACUUUGGCUGAUGAACCUGCUUUGGGAAUGUGGACGAUACAGGUGGAAGUCCGGGGUCAGAUAUACUCGAGGCAGAUAAUGAUCGCCGACUAUGUUUUACCAAAAUUCCAAAUGAAUAUGGAUAUUCCUAAAGAAGUAUUGUUUAGUGAAGGGGGUUUUAACAUCAAUGUCAGUGCAAAACACUUCAAUGGUCUUCCUGUUGUAGGCGAACUGACAAUAUCGGCGUACGCAGUUUUCUUUUCAAAUCUCCUCCAACCCGUGUUUUCAACUCCCGCGCGUAAAGUUAUCGAAUUCAACGGGAAUACAGUCGUCCCGAUAAGUUUGAAAGCGGAUCUUGACUUGGCCGAAGAUGCGGCGAGACCACUUGUUGUGGAAGCUGUACUGGAGGAAAAAGAUACAUUGAUACGACAGAAUAUUUCUUCAAGGAUAUUGUUGUUACGUACCCCUUACAGAUUGAAGAUCACAGCCCCAGAUUACUUCAAGCCGCGAUUGCCAUAUAAUGUUCAAAUUGAUAUAGUAAACUCAACGGGCCAUACUUUGGACGUAUCAGAAGAGGUCUCAAUAGAACGAUUAUGGGAUGAUGGAGCACCAGCCAAUGUUACUAAACUAGCAAUGAAUAAAGGAAUCGGGGUUUAUACUUUUACACCAGAUGUCGCUCAUACUAAUUCUACACUUAAUAUUGUUGUAAAAUAUAAAGAAGUAUCGGAGCGUAUAGUGAACGUGCAGAGAAGCAUAUCGUCUGGACAAUACUUAUCACUUGAACUAUUAACGCGUAAUACCGGUGUAGGUGACGAGAUGAAAGCUAGGAUAGUGGCCACUGAACCUAUGGAUAUUGUUCAUUAUGUGGUUAUGGGACGAGGGGAUAUAGUUGUGGCGAAAUCUUUAGAGUUAUCACCUGCAACCCGCACCGUAGAUAUAACAGUACCAGUGACAAGUGCCAUGUCCCCGGGCUGUAGUUUAUUAGCAUGGUAUCCUCGUCUAGACCCUGCCGAGUCUUUACUCACUGCUGCCAUCUACGUGCCUCACGAUAAAUUGCUGCAGAAUGAGGUAUCCAUAACUCCGGUGUCUUCAAGUUCAAUAUUUCGGCCUAAUGGCUUAGUUGAGUUUCGUAUAUCAAGCGAAGGUGGUUCACAAGCGGGACUUUUGGGUACUGAUAUGAAUGCCAUUGAAACCGGACUUGGUGAUGCUUUAGGCAACGGUUUAGAUAUACAUACGAUCGAACGGGAAGUAGAAAGUUUCUUAGGAUUAAAACAUUCGACAUUCAAAAACGAAGACAACUUACCAAGUAUGGGCUUUGACUUAGGGGGUCGCAUGAUGACUGAUGUUUUCCUGAACGCAGGUGUCGUUUUACUGACAGAUGGUUUGGUCGUUUCAAGUAAUAAUACAGAAGGCACAACCUCUGCAAGUAUAGAAACUGGUACCCGAGCUCCGACAGCUGGUCCUUACGCCUUCAGCCGGCUCCCAUCUCCACCAUCACCUCGCUUCUACCUUACAAGUUCACCACGGAAAACUUGGAUGUUCGCUAACGUGUCUGUUGGUAUGGACGGGAAAGGUACACGUGAAGGCUGGUCGCCACCAUCACCAGGCACAUGGUCCGUUGGAGCAUUCGCCAUACAUCCAACUCUUGGUCUUGGAAUAGCACCACCACAAAAAUUCACCACCACAGUACCAUUAUCGAUAACAGCAGAAAUACCAGAAAUUUUACAAAGGGGAGAAACGUUGGCCGCUAUCAUAACUUUGAAGAGUUCUUUGACAGUAGACAUCGCAAUUGAAGUUACCUUCCAUAACUCGGAUCAGUACUUCGAGUUUGAACCUUUGGAGAAUACCAUCGACUCGACUAAAAAAAUCGAGUUAUUCCGUCGUCUACGGGUAACUGUACCAGCCAGUGGUUCAGCGAGUACCGCGUUCUUGAUAACAACGGCUCGAGUUGGAGAAGCCCCUGUUAUAGUUGAAGCCACUGGCAAUGGAGUCUCCGCUUCACUCUUCCGUACUAUUACUGUCAAGGAUGGAUAUGACGAGGAAGUCUGGUCAUGGUCUCUACUGGAUGCACGCCGUGGUGUUGCCAGGUCUAAUACAACAUUAUCUCCGGCACCUGGAACUAAAGUCAAUGGCGUAUCACUUGAGGCUUCAGGGGAUUUGUUGGCGAACUCAUUCCGAGCCCUCAAAGCACCAGCCACGGUCGCUGCUGACGCUACUUAUGCGCUUCGACCCUUGGCUAGAGCGUGCAUUCUAUUAGAUUAUUUGCAAGUAACCGAACAAGACGAUGAGAUAACGAUAUCGAAAGAGGCGCGCGCGCAGGCUUCAUUUGGUUACCAACGUUUGAUGGCAUUUAGAAAAUCUGACGGAUCUUUCUCGCAAGAAAACAGUGUUGAUGCUGAAUCUGACGUCUGGAUGACAGCUACAGCAGCUCGAUGGCUAACCCGAGCCUCUAGGUACGUUGAAGUGUCACCCGAUGCUGCCUCAUCAGCCGCUCGUUGGUUAGCCAACGCCCAACAAGCUGAUGGUAGUUGGUUACCACCAAACAAGCGAAACAGCCCAGCACAGGACACAUUACCGCUUACCGCGCAUGCGCUGCUGGCUUUUCUUGAUACUAAGGGAAGUGAAAUUCUAUACAAGAACGCGAUAAGCAAAGCCGUAGAUUACGUAGGGAGACACAUAUCAGAGGACUUGGAUGCGUAUACGCUGGCUGUUGUUACGAGCGCACUCACGGCCGCUAGACACCCGCAAGCACAACGGGCCCUACAAUUAUUGGAGAAAUAUGCGAAUACCACAGAUGGAACGCUCUUCUGGUCCCGAAGGUUGCCUGCCUCCGAGACACGAAACCCAUGGCUUAAAUGGAACAGUUUGGAGGCUUCGACAGCGGCAUGGGCGAUGCGAGCCAUGCUCAACACUCGAUUGGUAGAAGAAGCUGUUCCAGUAGCCAGGUAUCUUUUGCAGACCCUGGGGCCGCGGGAUCAAGAUCCAGAUGUUAUAGACGCGCUAGCACAGUUUGCCGAAGCGAUAAAGACAUCGACAAAAUUGCGUGUGUCAGUAAAUGUGACCGGGUUCGAGGAGCCGCGUCAGUUUAAUAUCGACUCCGACAACGCCCUUAUCAUACAAACACAAUUGAUACGUAACAUCCGCUCGGCAAGUGCGAUCACCGAGGGUAGAGGUAUCGCCGUAGUGGGUCUAAGUGCUGUGGGUAACACUAAUGUCACUGCUGCUUGGCCGCGGUAUAUAUUAGACCCUAGAGUGGACCAAGUCUCUACAAAAGAUCGGCUGCAACUGUCCAUUUGUGUUGGAUUCGUGCCAGUGGGAAACGAAACUGACAGUGGUCUUACUCUUCUAACGGUGCAGCUGCCAUCAGGGUACCUCGCAGAUAUAAACACCAUCACUGAACUUACUUCAGCUCGCCACAUAGUCGGAGCGCGAUUAGCAAGUGGUGGGUCGCGAGUGUACGCAUGGCUUCGAACGGGGCUCAACGAGCGAUGUGCUACGCUCGGUGCACCGCGCUCUAUGUUUGUCGCUCGACAACGACCCGGCUGGGCAACGCUCAUUGAUUUGUACGAUUCAAGUCACCGCGCCCGUAUGUUCUUCCGAGGAAUACCGAGCAGUCCAUGCGAUCUGUGUCGCUCUUGGCCCUCAUGCGCACGCGCCUGUGGCACUAUCGCCUCUCAAAGAGCGCCUGACGUCACCACCGCUGUACCCGACUCCGCUAACGCGCUCGCCGCCACUCUCGCCAUACUCGUUGCGACGGCUUUGAUUAUAUUUAAUAAUGAUUAUUAAACAAAUAUUAACAAUACACAUCUAAUGUUAAAAUAGCUUACUGAUUUUUCAAUAUGAAUAAAAUUAUAAAUUGGUUCCAUCGCUUCGUCCUGAGAUACAUAGUAUUUUUGACGCAAGCGAUUUGAAGUACCAGCUUUAUACACCACUACUGAGAAAGAAAUUUCCAUAGACAAAUGCUAAAACUAGAGCUUUUGUCCAAGAAUAUUUUAUCGACCCGUCAUUUUUGCUAUUUAUUUAAUAAAUAUUAAUUGAAUCGAAAUGACGUCAUUAUCUCCAUACUAAUUCAAAGUGUUAGUGGUUCUCUUGACACAAAUUAUACUGAGCCUGAUAUAUACGGCAGCGUCUUUCUAAUGUGUCCAUCUAUUUUUUCUAUAUUUUAAAAAUUGCGUUAUUGUAAACAAUUUAGAUUACCAUGUUUAAAUUUAAUGCCUAACAAUGUUGUGAUUACUAGAACUGAUUUUAUUUUAAGUAAUGUAAAUAACUUAAUUUAAGUAUUAAAAUAAAAUUAAUAAAAACA